CAGCAAAGCAUAAAUAGCAAAGCAAAAGGAAGGACGUUGACUCAGCAAUUACGGUGUGAUACAAAAAAAAAAAAAAGAGAGAGAGAAGAGGAAGCUCUGACAGCGUACGAGUGUGUGCCACAAGUGUGUGCUGAGGUCCUCAUUUUGCUGUUUUUCUCUGCCCGUGGUUAAAGGUUCUCCAUGGAAGACACACAGGUGGCCAGGACCAUAGAGCUGAAUGACGGAGGACACAUGCCAGUUUUGGGUCUGGGGACAUGGAAGUCCUCCCAUCUGCCCCGCACCUCCGUCCAGGGUGCAGUAGAGACUGCCAUCGCUGCUGGCUACCGCCACAUAGACACUGCCUACAGCUACAGGAAUGAGGUGGACAUUGGCAAAGCUCUGCACUCCAAGAUGCAGCAGGGCAUCAUCAGGCGCCAGGACAUGUUCGUUGUCAGUAAGCUGUGGUGUACCCACCAUGCCCCAGAGGACAUCCCUGUAUGCCUGAACAAGUCUCUGAGUUAUCUCCAGCUGGAUUACCUGGAUCUUUACCUUGUGCAUUUCCCCGUUGGCCUAAAGAAAAUGGGCGAUGAGCUGUUCCCCAAGAAGGAUGGAGAGAUGCUGACCUCUGACGUAGACUACGUGGACGUAUGGAGGGGGAUGGAAGCCCUGCAAGCUUCAGGAAAGGUGAAGAGCAUUGGUGUGUCCAACUUUACCAUCCUGCAGCUGGAGAGACUUCUGGCUCUGUGCAGGGUGCCCCCUGCUGUCAAUCAGGUGGAGCUGCAUCCUUACCUGGUGCAGACAGACAUGAUAGAGUUCUGCAAGUCCAGGAACAUCACCCUGACUGCCUACAGCCCCUUUGGUUCACCUGCACGACCCCCAGAGCUGAUCAGAGAAGGCACUGAUCCAAAGAACCUCCUGGAGGACCCAGUCGUUUCAGAUAUAGCCAGGAAGCACAGACGCAGCUCUGCACAGGUGCUGCUGAGGUACCACGUGCAGCAAGGCGUUGCAGUCAUUCCUAAAAGUGACAAGCCUCAUCACAUUCUUGAAAACACAAAAAUCUUCGACUUCAGUCUGUCCGAAGAAGACAUGAGCGCGCUGAGAGGACUGGACCGUGGGUGGAAGGCCUGCAUGCUUGAAGAAGUCAAGUCUCAUCCAUACUACCCCUUUGUAUGAGGCUGCCAGGACGGUGGAGAGACGUACAGUCCACCUGCAGCAUCACACGCUGUGAUUCAUCAGCGACUUGUUUACCUGGUAAUGAUGAAAUGUGAAGGUGAAGACAAUUCAAAUGUGAAUGUAAUGAAUCUGUCAGGGCACUGGUACACCGACAGCCUGAGCUACCUUUUAUGUUUUCCUCUCUUUUUAAUUAAAGGCAGUUUGAAAAGUUAA